AAUAUGUAAUAUCUCCUCUCAAGCUUCAUUUCGACUACUCCUGUAACCGCUUAAAAAGUGCGCGAGCAAAAAAUCCGCUGGCUGUUAGGGUUUUAGAGCAUAUCUAAACCCUAAUAGACGAAAACCAUAGAUUGGGGCUCUUUUCUCUCACGGUCUAUGGCAAGAUGAAACGCUGCUUCCCCUCGCAUUCUCUGGUUUUUUUUCCUUAGAUUUGUGAUCUUAAUAUGUGCGUUAAUUAUGCAAAUUUCUACCAAUUCAGAUUGUUUUUGUUCUAGGUGUUGCGGUAUUUUGUGAGUUUAAAAAAGAAAAUCAUUCAUGGAUGCGAGGGAGCCUUAUGGACUUGAUUCGUCUGAAUGCUCGGGCAUAAUGACUGCUUCUAAUUCUUAUGGAAUUGGAGCUGGAGUUCCAAGCCACUCAAUGACCGUGGCUAAGUCUGCUGUGAUGAGGUUUCCAACUAACACGAUUUCAUCUUCUGCACUAAAGCCAUUGGAUGCUUUAGGUUCAAAUUACCCUGGAGAUGGUGAGCUUGUUGGAAUGGGACCAGGUGGUAUGUUUGUUAUGAGCGAGCCCAUGAAGAAGAAAAGAGGAAGGCCAAGGAAAUAUGGGCCUGAUGGGACUAUGGCUUUGGCUCUUUGUUCUACGACUACUACAUCUGAGUGCAACAAAACUAACACUUCACUGUCCCAACCCCCGGCUAAAGGACGAGGUCGUCCACCAGGAUCUGGAAAACGGCAACAACUUGGUGCUUUGGGUACAUCUGUUAGGAGCAAAAUGCAACUGAAACGGGCGAAACAGAGCCAAACGGAGCAAAACGGUGAAGCUGCAGUAGAAUGAUGCAUGAUGCGCCAAAAUCCAGAGAACUGACUCAUGAUGCGCCAGAGACGAAUUUUGGCGGAUUAAGACGGUUUGAGAUGAGUUUUAGGCGAAUUUUA